CGUGUACAGACAUAAACCCAGCUGGUGUCUGGUGAGCUGCCUGCCGAUGCCCAAGGGUCCGCCGUUGAAUGGUGGAACACCAUACCCGCGGAGGUCAUCCUUCUUACCAAGGAGAAAUGUGGCGGGCCACCGUAUUUCCGUGACUACUUGUCAACUGCAGGAAAAUGAAAAUUCUGAUCAGAGUAUAUCAGAGGAUGAUGAUUUGGAUGGAGACUUGCCAGAAGAUCACGUCUCAUUGGGCAUUUCAGCUGAAGAAAAGGGUAAAGUACAAAUUCUUUCUCAACUUGAUAUGCUCAGAGAUGCUAGUGAAGACAUGCAUGAACGACAUGAAACGUGUUUACUUCAAAAGAGGCAAGCAGAUACCUGUGUGGAAGAUGAUGUUGAAUUCCCAUAUUUUUUUGGCACCAAAAGCAAAUUCACCUACAAUCCCCAGGGAUGCAACUCAGAUGAAGAAAUUGUCUCUGAUAAUGAGGUGGGAGGAAAUUGGUUACAGUUGAGUAAUAAAUACUUCACUUCAGAGGCUGAUUGUGGUUCCUUUCAGUUUCAUCCUGUAUCUGCCAGAUCAAAAAGGUCAUGUAAAGGUGGCCAAGGCAAAGCCAAAACCAAAGCCAAGUGCAAGUUUUCUUUUAGGACACAGUUGCAUAAGGACCACCUCUUUCAAGAGGAAGAUGGAACUACAACUACUGUGAAGUGCAAUAAAACAAAGUCCACCUCCGAACAGCUUGCUGACAAAAAGAGAAGCAUAUUAUCAAUUAGUGAUCAUAUAUACACAGACAUAGACAUAGAGGAUGAUCCCGAUUGUUUGGUCAGUGAUUCAGAGUCAUCAGAAGAAGACAAGGCACCACCACCACCACCACCACAUGAGCCUAAACAGAAGACCAUAGCUGAUCAAUUUCAUGAAGCUUUAGGGGCUGCUUCUACAAACGAAGAUGGGGGGCAUAUGUAUGCAGUUUCUAGACAUACUCAUACAGGGUUUGGUUUAUGUGGGAAGUUGCAGCAUGUAAUGCGUAUGGAGAAGGAAAGAGAUUUAUAUUUUUUGAGCAAAUUGCAAAAACAAGAUGAAGAGGGUUGUUUUGAGGUGAAGAUACUGUCCAGAUCUUGGGAAGGAAAGCUGACUGUCUGUUCAUGUUCUUCCAUUGAAAAUGAGGAGCAAACGAAGAAUUUGAGCAUCAUAUUUAGCUCAAGAAUAUGUGGUGAUGUGGAUCUUGAUGUUGGGAUGAUGGUUCGUAUUCACCCUCCAUGGAAACAAGUGAAUGUAAAGGGGAAGCAACACAACACCAACACCUACACCAUUUUAUCUACAUAUUACUCCCAGAUUUGAGCAACUAGUCUUGGGGUUUCUUUCUUCUUCUUGUUGUAUUAUUUCUAACCUCGUUAAGAUUAAAUGCAACACUUACCAUAUGUGAUGCCCAGAGCAAGGUGCUUACUUGGGGCUUGUGCAUACUGCAUACCUGAAACAAAUGUUGUACUUUCUGUAGCAUCAAAUUUGUUCAUAGUGCAUCCAAAUUCUUAAAUUUAGCCUAAUGCAAAAAGCUCCGUGGUUUGUAUGGUU